AAAAGCCGUUGGCCUCGCCCGAGGUGAAGGCUGAGGUGAAGGCCUCGUCGCGUGUCCUCACGCUGGAGGAAGGCGUUCGGGUUGGAAUUGUUGAAAGAAUCCUGAUUCAUUUUCACGAUGGCUACUGCGCAGCUCUCUCACACCACCAGAACACUGAAGGCAUCUAAGAACACAAUUUUCCCAUCCCAAAUCACGAAUGAGCAUGAGUCACUGGUGAUGGUGAAGAAGCUUUUUGCUACUUCUGUCUCAUGUAUAACAUAUUUGAGGGGCUUGUUUCCAGAGAGCUCUUACAGAGAUCGCCAUUUGGAUGCAUAAGAAAACGAUAUGAAAAGAUAGAGGACUCUCAGAGCUGGUGAGAUGGCUCCGCAGGCAUAGACGUACUUGCUGCUGAACCUAAUGAUCUGGGACCCAUAAAAUGAGGCGAGACCCCUACCUCAGUUUAAAAAUUCUCCGGGAAGACAAAAAGUGUCCUGGGUCAUUACAUAUUAUUAAAUGGAUUCAAGGUUGUUUUGAUGCUUUGGAAAAGAAAUACCUACACAUGGCAGUAUUAACACUUUACACAAAUCCCAAGGAACCUGAGAAAGUGACUGAGAUAUACCAAUUCAGAUUCAAAUACACAAAAAAGGGAACCACUAUGGACUUUGACAGCAGCAGUACAAGUUUUGAAAGUGGGACAAACAGUGAAGAUAUUAAGAAAGCCUGCUCCCUCCUAAUCCGUCAAUUGUAUAUACUGAUGCAGAACCUUGGACCCCUCCCUAAUGAUGUUAUACUUACUAUGAAACUCCAUUAUUAUAACUCAGUGACCCCACAUGAUUACCAUCCCCCUGGUUUUAAAGAAGGGGUGAAUUCACACUUCCUGUUGUUUGAGGGAGAGCCUGUGAGCCUUCGAAUGGGUUCAGUCUCCUCUGGCUUUCACAGCAUGAAAGUAAAAGUCACAACGGAGGCCACCAGAAUGCUUGAUGGGGAGAACAGUGUCAGUCAGGACGAUGGCACUACUAAGAUAGCUCAUCAGGGUCUAGACUGUGACGAGGAAGAGGAGGCCUGCGGCAGUCAAGUCCAAAGAAUGAAUUUUGUGCACAUUGAGCCAAGUUUUGAAAGUUCCAGAAAGAAGAAGAAGGUCAGCGAACCAGUGGCAGUCUUCAUUCCUAACAGAAAAUGAAACUUAGGUGCCUUUGCUGCACCUAUUUUGCAAAAAUGUAUGAAAUGUUGUGGUAGGAUAAUGACCAAGCCUUCUUCCUAAGGCUCUUGCUCCACUCUUUACUCAGUCUGUGAAAGGCUAAGCUAUAGAGCAGGCCCUAGGUUCACUUCUCCAGAAGGAACCAGGAUCAGCAGAGCUGCCUUGGGAUGGGAUUACCUCACGGCUGAGUUAGAGGAGACAUGCUCUGUGUUUGCAAAAAACCACAGCAGUUAUUUGGAAAGAAAUAAGCUGCUGUUCUUCACGAAAAGGGUUUUUCUUUACAUAAUUAAAUUCUCCAGGUAUCUCUGAAAUACCCUGGCUUGUUAGAACCUGUGUGUUGGAAUCCUUCUAUAGCUUUACUAAAACGCGCACAGGGCAGCAUGGGGUGUGUGGAGGUGCUUAGCCAGGCGUGAUUUAUAUGUUGAAUUCAGUCACAAAGUUGAUCAGCAGCUUGUGGAUCCAGAUGCCCUCCCUCCCUGUGCAGUUCCUCAGCUCUGCCCCAGGCCCUGCCCCAGUCCCAGUGUUGGCCAAUCCCAAACAGCUGACAUGCAGUUCAGGAGCCUGGUUUCCCUGUAAGACCUAUGUUGUGUAUUUUCCCCAAAAUACUUGAGUUUAUCUGUCUGUAACUUGCAGGUGAUGCUAUUUGUUCCCUCCAUAUUCUGGAAGAAUUUUGAUAGGCUUAUUGAUUAAUGUGAUAUGAAUAACAAAUGACUUAAAG